AUGGGUUACCGUAGCCACUUCAAUUUCCUCUUCCUCUCUUUUCUUCUUAUCAUCUCUACCUCCAUAGCCAAGAAAUCUUCUGCUUCUUCUUCUUCCCAUCCACAUGUCAAAACCCUGGUUUUUCCUGUAACCAAGGUCCAUUCCGAUUUCGGACCAGACCAAUACGUUACAGAGAUAAAAAAGAAGACUCCUAAGCUCCCCAUUAAAGUCUCCAUAGAUAUUAGCCAUGACAUCCCUUUUCUGUAUUGUGAGCGAUCCUAUCUCCGUUACACCUAUAAGCCUAUAAACUGCAGCUCUCCUCUUUGCUCUUUUGCCAACUACCCUCUCAACCCUUGUUACAGCGAUAACACUUGCGCUUCCUACACCUACAACAAUAUUUGCGAUAGAUAUGCCAGUGGUCAGUUAAUCCAAGACAUCGUCACCGUCAAAUCCAUCGAUGGCCGCUCUGUUUCUGUGCCUAACUUCAUCUUCACUUGCUCCAUCGAAACCUUUUCGUUUCUUGGCCUUCCUAAUGGUGUCAAAGGUGUUGCUGGUUUUGGAGUGAGCAAUAUUUCAUUCACUUACGAAUUCGCUGCUGCUUUUGGCCUCAAAAGGAAGUUUGCCAUUUGCUUGAGCCCCUUUGAAAGAUCGAAUGGUUCCAUCUUUAUUGGGGAUGGACCUUAUGUUUUGCAACCUGGAAACAUUGAUGUUUCCAAGUCUCUUACCUAUACACCUCUCAUCACUAACUACUAUUAUAGGGACUUCUACCUCUUGUUGAAGGCUAUCAAGAUCAACGGCAAACUUGUUCCUUCUGAUAAAUGGAAACACAUGCUAGCCUUCAACUACGAUAAGAGUGGCUAUAAUGGUGGAGCAAGGAUUGGUACCGUCUAUCCCUACACAGCCAUGGAGAGCGAGAUACUUUCUUCUGUGGUUGAUGAAUUUGUGAAAGCACUGGGGAAGAACAUCACAAGAGUAGCCAAUGUGACUCCAUUCGAUGUUUGCUUUAACUCGAACGGCAUUGCUAGGACACACCUUGGCCCGGCUGUGCCUACCAUUGAACUUGUCUUUAACAACAAUGCUGUUUGGAAGAUAUAUGGUGCUAACUCCAUGGUUCAAGUUUCCAGGGAUGUCAUGUGUCUUGCACUCGUAAGUAAAAAGGAAGGUUUCUGGACGAAAGGUGCCAUUGAAAUUGGAGGUUAUCAAUUAGAAGACAAUCUUGUUCAGUUUGAUCUAGAUAAUAACAGGGUUGGAUUCAGCUCUUCUUUGCUCUCCAAACAAACUUCUUGCUCCAACUUCAAGUAUACAAAUCAUGCUUAA